AUGUGGGGGGCGCUUUACGGCGGGCCAAAUCUUAAACGGCACGGCCAUAAGCGAAGAGUGAGUGGGAAAAAGGAAACGAAUAAAACAAAAGAGGGUCCUGGUUAUAAUUGCUUUUUUUUUUUUUUUUCUUCUUCCAGUAUGACUCAAAGCUUUGACAGAGUUCCGCACGACACAAAGGGGGAGAGUAUAGGGACGCUGCAUGUUGUGAACUUUCCCUGUGCCCGCCUCCUGACGCUUUGUCGCCCAGCCAUGCUUAACGCUCUGUCACUUGAGAUGGCUCAACACAUGCUGUGGCUGCACCUAAAGAGACCGCAUCCAAGCCUUCCUCGCAGUGCGAUUUAUAUUUUAAAGGGAGCAGGCAACAAAAGUUUUUGCGCUGGUGGUGACGUUCGAAGUAUUGUUGCCCAUGGCACCUUGUGUUCUUUCUUAAGAACAACCUAUCAAUUGAACUAUCACAUACUUACCAUGCCGAACCCGCAGGUCUCCCUGUGGGAUGGCUACGUCAUGGGUGGAGGCGUCGGUGUUUCUGUCCAUGGGCGAUAUCGCGUGGCGUCGGAGCGUGCCGUCUUUGCAAUGCCUGAGACGGCCAUUGGUCUUUUUCCAGAUGUGGGGGCGUCGUGGUUUCUGCCUCGUCUAAAGAUGAAGGGACUUGGCCUGUAUCUUGGUCUCACAGGAGCUAGGCUGAAGGGGGCCGAUGUGGCACACACGGGUCUUGCAACGCAUUACGUCCCGUCAGCCCGCUUUUGUGAGUUGGAGGAACGCCUGUGCCACAUUGACGAUCCUGCGAAGGUGGAGGCAUGCCUGGAGGAGUUUGCUGUGAAGGAUUUGCCACCGUUUACGCUUGAGCCCCACCGUGAGACCAUUGAGAAGAGCUUUGCAUUGGAGGAAAAAACCACCGUGGAGGGCAUAUAUGAGUCUCUCUCUGCUGACGGUGGGGAAUUCGCGAUGGAGGCACUGAAACUGUUACGCAAGGCUUCGCCUACAUGUCUUAAAGUGACAUUGGAAUUAUUUCGACGUGCAUCCCAGAUGACGAGCAUACGUGAGGCUAUGUCAUUGGAAUACGGUGUUAUUCAACGCAUGUCGUCAACGAACGAGUUUGCAAUUGGCGUGAAUGCUUUGCUGAUUGAGAAGACAGGCGAUCCGCAGUGGGAGAGGAGGACGCUUGAGGAAGUGACAGCGGCAGACGUGGAUUAUUUCUUUGACAGCGUGGGCCUUGUGCCGUGGGACCCAGAGGCACCUUUGGAAACAAUGAUGGAGGCAAAAGGCGAGGGGGUGUAG